UUAAAUUUUCAAAUUUGUAUAAAAUGUUAAUUUAAGUUUGUAAAGGUUAGAGCAAAAGUAUUUUGCAUUUAACCUUUUCAAACGCUUUCGUUCGCUUUUGGCAAUUUGCAAAUCUGGAACUCUUAUUUAAUUAUUUUUGAACAACAAAACAAACUGGUAAAUCCUCAAAACUGUAUACUGAAAAAAUAAAUUGUAUACGCAUGUUUCGAUAGAAAUUCUGUGCUGCUGCCUGAUGAGUUGAUAGCUGCGGUUGGUAGAUUUUUAAACCACCAGGAGGAACAGAGUGCCGCUUCGGCGGCCCAAAUCUGUGCCGACUAUUUUGAUACCGAAGACCAGGAGGAAAACGGCGACAACGACGACGCCCUAGACUGUAUCGAAAUGGCGGCGCGGCGUGACUCGGCAUCACUUGCCAGUCGUGCCACUAUGCGCCGCAGCUUACAAUCUAAUCAACCAUCGCAUUGCGUACAGAAUGCAACACCAAUGUUUACGCCUUGCUGCAGCAUGAACAGCAGCUCAGCUACGGGCAGUGGCAUGCCACCCAACACAGGUAGUCCAAUGCAGCAACAACAGCAGCAGCAGAAUACAACCCUACAGGGAAAUCCGCAGAACUCCAAUCGAAGUUUAAACCGAUCUCAAAGCGCCCCCUCCACGACUGUCAAACGCGAUUGUCAACGCGGUUACGAUGCCUUUUGUUCCGAGCAACAGAAGCGUCCACAAAAUUUUUUUGGCUUGGAAAAGUCUCCUACGUUUCCGAACGCACAAAGCCCGCAGCAGCAAGAGCCUUUAGAUAAAACACCCUGCACUGACACUUUAACAGGACAGCGGAGUUCCUUUCAAAUGUCAGGCAGAGAAAUAGAGGCCUGUCGUGAUGUAAAUACUGACUAUAACUGCAGCGAUAUGGGUAUGGGCUACGAGACUUUUCAAGCCCAACAGAGAAAGCAACAGCAACAACAACAACAAUGUGGUUUGCAAAACAGGGACGGUACUUUUACAGAUUUUGCGCCUAAUCUGAACAGCACAAGGGUAGAGUCUCAGCAAAAUCAGGACCCCAGGUGUAGUGCAAGUCCAUCCUUUGCCCGACAACCUCCGAAUAACGCUCCUUGUGCUAGCGGAACACAGCCAACAAUGCAACGUAGCCCCAAUCGCCCAAAUUUUGGGCCCCAGCCAGGAUCCUAUGGAAAAUCAGAAUAUGAGCAAUCGCCUCAAUUCCCGCAGUUCACACAACCAUGCUGUAAGGACCAUCAUCAGUCAGAAUAUGGACAGCAGUCAGGCUAUGGACAGCAAUCAGGAGGCUACAGGCAACAGCCUUGCACGCAGCCAUGCUGUAAGGAUCACAUGCAGCCAGACAAUGGGCAGCGUGCGACACCACAGUCCUGCACACAACCAUGUUGUAGGGAUCACAAUCAGCAAAGCUAUAGAAAGCAAGCACAGUUGGCACCUUGCACACAACCAUGCUGUACGGACCAUCAACAGUCGGGUAAUAGUCAUGGACAGGGGAACUUUGGACAGUACUCCACAAUGGACGAAACCAGCUAUAUGGAACUGCCAUCGCCUCCACGACCAUCAUGUCUGCGCCAAAAUACGCAACAACAAGCUGGCUCAUCCAAUCAGGUGCAAGUAUCUUUUCGUGACCAACCAUCAUUGGUGCAGCUCGAGACACCGGGUUGCCAAGAGCCGCAAAAUACCACAAUGAGUCCACCCCAGCAUCGAUUGAGAGCCCCGAUGAAUCAAUCAAUGUACCAGAUGCGUCAACAAACUCCAUGCCCGGCGGUACAUCAGCAACAUAUGACGGGUACGAAUCAAAGCAUCGGGGCAGGAAUGAGAUGUCAGGGGCCACGCUUUCCACCACCCGCAAACCAAAUGGGCAUGUAUGCGGGUCCACCGAACACGUCAAUGAAUCAGAUGAGCUUGAAUCAAUCAUCGUUUAAUUGCCAGCAACAACCUCCAGCAGCGCCACCGAUUAGUAGCAGCGCACCUCGGUGUCCAGCACCCAUUGACUUGUCGAGCUCUUUAGCCACAAUAGCUACACUAAAUAAAAAUUCAAACUACGCUGGCACUUGUCCUACGCCGACUAGUGGAGGUCGUUCCAUACCUUUAGUGUUUCCGGAUGACAUGACGCCGGAGGAUCGUUUUUUGUUUCGUACUAAGGCGCUAUUCUUUGAAACGCUAGUCAAGGACCAAUACUGUCCGGGUGUCAUACAGGAAACGUUGAAUGGACGCGAGGAUUUCAACAAUUACGCCUUUGAGAUUGCCUUUGCAGGUAUUGUACCUGACAAGCUAGGCCCCAUCGAUCCCAUAACCAUGCUGGAAGCAAUCCAACUGCGCAUCGACUACGAGCGCUCAGAGAUACGAAAAAAAUUAUCCACUUCUACGACAAGUCGGACCACCUUUAUAAAUGUUAGUAGUACUUCAAGGGGUUCAAAUCGGAACCAACGACGUUCUUCGCGUAAUGAGCCGCGUCGGCAGUCAUCGAUGAUUUUAACCCAAUCGGGUGCCCAGACCGAGGACAUUGACAAACAUUUCGGGUCCAAAAACAAGUCUGAGGUCAACUCGGCCAUUGCAGCAUUUCUCAAAGCCGAAAAUGAAUACCGCAGCUCAAAUGUGGAUGCGCAUCAGGACUUUGAGGCUAAUGUGAACUCUUUGGAAACCAAUCUAUUUGGUUCGCCAAUAAAGUUUAACGCAUACACUGCGACCACAACGCCAAUUGAUAACAGAUAGAUGAUACGAUUGUGCCCAUGCAAUGCAUAUAGUUGGAUACUGUUAGGAAUGAUUGGAAUUUUGUGUUUUUCAGUGCAAAAAUAAUAAAUAAGUGUUAUAUUAAUGUUAA